AGAUGAAGAUGGGUUCCUCAGAGACCCAAGUUCUCGUUGAAAGUCUUCCCUCCGAUUCCUCUGAAGAACAAUUCCUAGCUUAUGAAGAUGAAAAGAUCCAACAUCUUGUGCCAGACACACGGCCAAGGCCGAGUUUUCUCUCCAUCAUCCAAGAGCCAUUUUUAUGGCUCCGGAUGCUCUGCAAGCAACUAAACACAAGCUUCGUCUUCGGUGUAUUUUUGGUGUAUGGCUUCAGUCAAGGCUUCUCCUGGUCAUUCUUCAGAGUUGUGUCAGAUUAUUAYUGGAAGGAUGUUCAGAAGGUCCAGCCUUCCGCAGUCCAAUUAUAUAUUGGGCUCUAUUACAUCCCUUGGGUGAUGAAACCCAUCUGGGGUCUUCUCACUGAUGUCUUCCCGGUCAGAGGUUAUCGGCGCCGGCCAUACUUCAUACUGGCCGGAGUUGUGGGCGUUGUUUCAGCUUUAACAAUUUCUUUUCAUGGAAAUUUGUCAGCUUUGGUGGCGUUGGUUUGUCUGAUUGGAAUCACAGCGGGUGUGGCGAUCGCCAACGUGACUAUUGAUGCAUGCAUUGCGAGGAACAGCAUUGAGAUGCCGUCCUUGGCACCGGAUUUGCAGAGCCUUUGUGGGUUCUGCACUUCAGUGGGAGCCUUGAUCGGUUACUCUACUAGUGGCAUGUUUGUUCAUCAGUUGGGCGCACAGGGGUCUCUGGGGCUCUUAGCGAUCCCAUCGGCACUGCUGGUUCUGCUUGGAUUUGUGAUAUAUGAGCUGAGGAGUAGUAUGCGUUCUGAGAAGAAGGCUGCAUUGGAGAAGGUUGGGGGAGCAAUUAAUGGCAUGUACAGGACCAUGAAGAUUCCUCAAGUGUGGAAACCCUCUGUCUAUAUGUAUCUAUCUCUGGCCCUUAGCAUAAGCACUCAUGAAGGCCAGUUCUACUGGUACACCAACCCAAAAGCUGGCCCAGCAUUCUCUCAGGAGUUUGUUGGGAUGAUAUAUGCUAUUGGUGCAAUGGCUUCCAUUGUAGGUGUCCUAAUCUACCACAAGAUUCUGAAGGAUUACCCUUUCAGGACCCUAAUCUUCUAUGCCCAACUCCUCUAUGCAGCCACCGGCAUGCUCGAUGUCAUCUUUAUUCUCAGGUGGAACUUAAAACUUGGGAUCCCUGACUACUUCUUUGUAGUCUUGGAAGAGUGUGUGUCUAGAAUUGUAAGCAGAAUAAGAUGGAUGCCCAUGAUUGUGCUAAGUACCAAGCUUUGCCCUCUAGGCAUCGAAGGAACCUUCUUCGCCCUACUGAUGUGCAUCGACAGCCUCGGUUCGCUCUCCUCCAAGUGGGGUGGAGGCAUGAUUCUUCAAAUGUUUCAUGUAACCAGAACAGAUUUCACAAAUCUUUGGUUGGUACUCUUCAUCAGGAAUAUGCUGAGAUUUGCAACAUUGAGCUUCAUUUUUCUUGUUCCUAAAGCUGACCAAUCAGAUAUUUUGAUACCAUCUGACCUACUGAUGAGGGCUCAGGCUGCCCCAACCCUGAACACAGAGGAGGAAGGCUUAAAACUUGUCUCCAUGAAUGAGAAAUUCGAAGCUUAA